AUGUUCAAACUACGACCUUUGUUUGCCAGACCGUCGCGAAUCGCCUGGAACACAUACGAGCCACCCACGCCAAACUACUUUGCCAACUUCUCUGCAAACUACGCCCGCACCAUGGCCGAAAGCCCCACCAAGAAGCUCAAGACGGACGUGCCUGUCAUUGGCACGCACAAUGGCCACUUCCACGCCGACGAGGCCCUUGCCGUCUCCAUGCUGAAGGAGCUGCCCACCUACCGCGACGCUCAGCUCAUCCGCACCCGUGACCCCGCCGUUCUCGCCGAAUGCCACACCGUUGUCGACGUAGGCGGCGAGUACGAGGACGACAAGAAGCGCUAUGAUCACCACCAGCGCGGCUUCGAGGUCGUCUUCCCCGGCCACACCACCAAGCUCUCCUCCGCUGGUCUCGUCUACAUGCACUACGGAAAAGACAUCAUCACCGCUGUGACUGGUCUGGAAGGCGCCGACCGUGAUCUUCUGUAUGAGAAGAUUUACACGGACUUCAUUGAGGCCUUCGACGCCAACGACAACGGCAUCAACGUUCUUGCGCCCAAGGACCUAGAGAAGGCAGGAUUGGAGAAGAAGUUCGAGGACCGCGGCUUCAGCAUCGCCAGCGUAGUGAACCGCUACAACUAUGGCAACAAGUCGCCGACCGCCGACGAGACCAAGACCCCAGAGGCCAAGCAGGCUGAUGAGGACUUCCGCUUCACCAAUGCAUCUCGCUUCGUAGGCGAGCAGUUCCGCUGGGAACUCCUCGACCGCGCCCGGUCGUGGCUCCCCGCUCGUCACCAGGUCAAGCAGGCCUACGACGCCCGUCUUCAGUACGAUCCUCAGGGACGCAUCCUGGUCCUUCCCGAAGGCAUGCCGUGGGCCGACCACCUCUACAACUUCGAGAAGGAGGCACAACAGCCACAAGGCGUCGCCCCUCAGGUUCUCUACGUCCUCUUCCCCGAAGACAAGCCCGAGGGCAAGUGGCGCAUCCGUGCCGUCAGCAAGGAGAACGGUGGCUUCGAGAACCGCAAGGACCUGCCCGAUGCGUGGAAGGGUGUGCGCGACGAGCAGCUCGACCAGGUCUCUGGUAUCCCGGGCUGUGUCUUUGUGCACGCCGCUGGUUUCAUCGGAGGAAACAAGACGUUCGACGGUGCGCUCGCAAUGGCGAAGAAGGCAUUGGAGAUGUAG